AUGAACUUUUACCACUCUGCCGCGCGCGCAUUGGACCACCUGGACAAGCACCAGGGCAGUGUCAAGGGAUCGCUGGCGGCGGCCAAGGUCGGCGCAACGGCCGGCGAGGCCAGGCGUAUUCUUGCAUUGAUUAUCGAGACGCUCAAGUACCGUGAUGUCCUGCAAGAGCUCAUCAAGACUGUGCCCGUGUACAAGCUCGAGCGCGAGGUGUUCCGCCCCAAGAGCUCGCCUUCGUCCAACUCGCUCCUCCUCGUCCUGAUGCACGACCUCUUGUUCUCGUCCAAGGGCAAGAUCGAGGCCUCGGACAAGUGGCCGCCCAAGGCUGCUCUUCUGCGCCACCAGGCCCGUCUCAAGGCCGAGCUGGUGCGCAUGCAGAUCAAGGCCGGCAAGUCGUCGGUGCGCGACAUGGGCCGCGCGGCAGGUUCCACCGUCGAGGCACGCUACGUCCGCUGGAACCCCAACGUCGACCUGUGCCGUGCCGGUGACUGGACGCUGGACGCGCUCCACGCCCAUCUCAAGCAGCAGGGCAUGACCUUUAUCGACGAGGCCGUCUACCCGGUCCCUGCAGACAAGUACUUUAUGGACCCGCACCUGCCCAACGAGCUGCUCGUCUUCCCGCCCUCGUCGACCUGGUGGGUCGGCGACAAGUGGUACGAGUCUGGCGCCGUCAUUCUGCAGGACAAGGCCUCGUGCAUGCCCGCCGCAGUGGUCAUGGAUGGCUGGGACGAGGCCGAGGGAGCGUGCAUCGACGCAACGGCUGCGCCAGGCAACAAGACGUCGUUCAUGUCCGCGCUCAUGGGCAACAAGUCGACGCUGUACGCGUUUGAAAAGUCGGCCAACAGGUACAAGACCCUCGUGCGCAUGCUCGACACGGCCAAGUGCACAAACGUCCAGACUACCCGCGGCGACUUUACAGAGACCGACCCCCGCGACUAUGCCGACGUCACCCGUAUCCUCCUGGACCCCAGUUGCUCUGGAUCCGGCAUCGUCAACCGCCUCGACUACCUCGUCGACGCGGACGAGAACGAGAGCGACGACCAGGCCGAGCGCCUUGAGAAGCUGGCGGCUUUCCAGCUCCAGAUGAUCCAGCAUGCGUUUAAAUUCCCCACCGUUCGCCGCGUGGUCUACUCUACCUGCUCGAUCCACGCCGAGGAGGACGAGCGCGUCGUCGCUGCGGCACUCAAGGCCGGCAAGGGCGCCUGGCGCCUCGCACCCCGCUCGUCCGUCCUGCCCACGUGGGAGCGCCGCGGUCUGCCCGAGGAGCUCGGCAAGGUCGCGGACCGCGUCAUCCGCUGCUUGCCCGAGGACAAGACCAACGGCUUUUUCGUGUCGUGCUUUGAGCGCGUGCAGGACGGUGACGAGGAGGAGCAGGAGGAGGAGGGGCAGGAGGUGGAGGCAGCGGACGACGAGGUUGUCGGCGGCAAGCGUGCCCGUGAGGAUGCCGAAGAUGACGACGAGGAGGAUGAUGCGGACGCGGGCGAGGUCGCCGAGGUCGCUGAGCCAAAGCCCAAGACGGCGGCGCAGAUCCAGCGCGCGAGGAGGAAGAAGAAGUUGCAGAAGAAGCGCAAGAUUGCCACGUAA